CACGGUGGGCAUCGACUUCAAGGUCAAAACUGUCUACCGGAAUGAGAAGCGGGUCAAGUUGCAGAUCUGGUGAGACCCUAGUUGCAAGCUGGGUGCCUGGCUUUCAUCCCUACCCCUUUCCUCCACUGCUCUCUCUCCCUUUUCUCCCUUCCCCCUCCCAACCCACAUUAGUCAAGCGAGUUGAACCUAUCCUUGAUUUUAAUGGAUAAAUCAAGGAAGGCAAAAGACAAGGCCAGAACCUCUCUCCAUCACCUGAAUUUCAUUCCUAUUAGGACUUCACCCAGGGUCAAGUCUGUUACGAUUUCAGAGAUCUUUGUCCUAGUUAGGAUCUCCGGGGCUAAGCUACUUUAUAAACGUCCAGCUCUAUGCCGACUGGAUCUGACCCCACUGGUUUGGGCCUGCAGGCUAUUACCCAGCCCAUACAGGACUCUACUGCCCUUAACUACUUUCUCGCUGAGUCUAUAUGUGGUGGGGUUACUGAGUUAUCUAGGGGCUUUUCGGUGGCAAGAGAGGGAGCAUAUUUGUAAGGCGAGGGGGCAAGGGCUUGGGAACAGGACAGGGAGCAUGCUGGGUAGCGUAACUUGGUGGGGCAGAGGCAGGGAGCACCAAUGAUGCCAUUAGCAUUCGUUUGCCCACUUCCCCCCGGCCACCCGGCUCUGACCCCCCUCGUCCCCACAGCCCAAAUUAGAAAUCGGUGCCCAUGGCACCUGCCCCCACUUCCAGGAUCAUUUUCUUAACUCCUAAGAAGACCCCUAGAUGGCUUUCCUGGUUUUCACACAUUCUGGAAGAGUCAGAGACCAAGUAAUAGAGCCCUGUAAGGGCCAAGAAUCUGGGGCUUAGGCAAGGCCUGGCCAAGCCUGUUCUGGCCUCACUUGUUCUGGUUGGGGGGUGGUGGCGUCACAUGCCUGGUUUACUUUGAGUUCCUGGGUCUUCUGCCUAUAUUGGCGUGGCAGUAUCAGAGCCAUCAUGCUUUCUGGGGGGCAGUUGGGGGACAGAGGGAAGGAUGCAGGCCAUAGGUGCUAGCUCCGUGGUGGAGCAAAGGCUUGGAAGCAAGAGGGUGAAGCUUUUUGGGCUCAGUGGGCAGUUAUAGCUAGCCCCCUCCAUCCCCACCUCACCCCUUGAAGCGGGAGGGGAACCAGUGGGGAAGCCAAGAUGGCGACGCCACAUCUGCCCCCUAGUGGCCAGGAGAAGGAAGAGAACGAUGUCCCCACUUCUCAGGUCCUCACCCAGGGCUGGGCCCGGAUGGCUUCCUCCGCCCCUGCCCCGGGGCCUCACGAGGAGGGGCCAUCCGCCCACCGCACCUCUGUCCAAGCAGUUGGAGGGUUAUAGUGGGGUUGCAUCCCUUGGAGCCCCAGCAGGCCCACAUGGGUACCUCCACCACCCCGGGCCAGGGUUUGUAGCAGCGACAGCUGGCCCACUCGGCCAGAAGGCUGCAUGGCAAGGCAGCACGCAUGCCACCCCCUGGGGAGCCUGCACUGCAACUGCCCCCGAGCACCGUCCCCACCUCGGACCAGGCAGAGGCCCGAGCAGCCUGGGAGGGCCAGGAGGACCAGGCGGGGGCAGGGGGAGCCACCCGCACCCGGCCCGGCGAAGAACCCCAAAGCAGCAGUGGAGGAGGAAGAGGAGGAGAAGCACCAGAUACCGCAGGACAGGAGCGUUACCGGACUAUCACCACGGCGUACUACCGAGGGGCCAUGGGCUUCUUGCUGAUGUAUGACAUUUCCAACCAGGAAUCUUUCAGUGCCGUCCAGGACUGGGCAACACAGAUAAAGACUUACUCCUGGGAUAACGCCCAGGUGAUUCUCAUUGGGAAUAAGUGUGACCUGGAAGAUGAGCGGGUGGUCCCCACUGAGGAUGGAAAGCGACUUGCUGAUGAUCUGGGUUUUGAAUUUUUUGAAGCCAGUGCCAAGGAUAAUAUCAAUGUGAAGCAGGUUUUUGAGCGCCUGGUGGACAUUAUAUGCGAGAAGAUGAAUGAGAGCCUGGAUGCCAACUCCACGAUCGUCAGCAACAACAAAAGCCCCUCCCUCAGCGAGACCCCACCUCCCCAGGCAAGCAGCUGUGCCUGCUAGAUAACAACUUGAACUUUCAACCUCACCGCUUCACCCGUCGUGCUUUCUUGUCAUACAGCAGGAACAGUGAAGGCCUAAAGAAAAAAAAAAAUCUAUCUUUUAGCCAGUAAAGAUGUCUUGAAUCCAAAAUUCUCUUCCUGCCACUCUCUCCUCUUUGGGUGGGGUCAGGAAGGGUGAUCCUCCAUUUAGUUGCUUAUGACAGUAGCACUGGAUUUCCCUGCAGGCAACUCCUUGUGAAGUAUUAGAACUAAGCACGAGGUCUCAGAGUUUCAGCAUUCCUCAACAGCGUUUAUCUUUUUCACUCCCUCUGGCAUGAUUCAUUUUCACUUGUGGUCUUGCAACUGAGGUUUGGCAACUAGCUUGUUUAAAAACGGAGGCAAUGGGAGAAGGGAAGAAACAGAGAGGCAGACAGAGACACAUCUUGCAGUUACUUUAGUGUAAUGAGAUUCGCCUCCAACAAAGCAUCUGCCCAUGGAGGCUCCUCCUAUUUCUGUUGUUAGGAAAGGGGCUUGGGACCCCUGGGAGAAUUCAGGGCAAUGCUCCCAAGCUGCACCCCCGGCCUAUUUUCUCCCCCUCUGCCCCCCAUCCCCACCACCUCUGGGGUCCCCUAAGCCACAGAGGCAAAAGUCCUAGUUGUUUCCCACCCAAGUAUGAGUUUAGCCCCCAGAUGAGAUAGGAGGGAAGCUAGCACUGGAGGUCUCUGUUUCUGCCUUGGCGAGAGAGCGUUCCAUUGACCAUGGACUCUCUGUCCUUUAAAUUGCAGCUAAAAUAUCACCCUCGUGGGCAGGGGCAGCCCAGAUUUCUUAUACUGUUAUGCUAAUCUACUGGAUGAAAAAAUUACAUAGUUUUCUUGGAAGGGGAAGCUUAUGGCAAGAGCAGAGCCAUGCAUCUGGCUUCAAACCAGGAAAUCAAUCUAGUUUAUCUACAAACACUGGGAAUUCAAUCCUUCCACAAACAACAGGAGUUCAACCCUUCUCCAUUUCCUGCUUCCACUCUUGUCAAAAGCCUUCCCUGAUUCACUGACGUGAGUGUUCAGCAAACUUAGAAUGAGUCCAGCCUGCUGAAAUGGGAUGUUUAUUUCCUUCCACCUUUUUCCACUGUUGUAGAGCUAUGAGUUCAGUGUGAUCCUUUUGACUCUUCCUCCAUCUUCAAUGCUUGCCACUGCCCAAGAACGUUGCAAUAAACCUUUUUCUAGAGCACAUUUCGGGAUUACUCUUCCUCCUGAAUAGAAAUGUGUAUAAGAUGCAGGCAUCUGUGGUAAAAUUGGCAUUUUUAUAGGGAAAAAUGAUUUCCCCAACUUGACCCCCAAAGUGCCUUUUAAGUGAUCAGAAGGGCCGCCUGUUUGUUUUCUUGUCAUAUUACAGUUCUGUGCCUUUGCAAAGGAAAACAAAAUGAUGUCUUUUUACUUCAUUUUUGUUCAACCCUUGUCUGUCAGCAUUUCACGUGAUUGGGGGAAAAGUUAAAUGUUUUCUUUAUUGAUGUGAUCUAUUUUAUUUUGGAAUUUUGGAGCGGGGAGGAAGGGGAAAAUACAAGACACUGUGUACCAUAUAUAAUUAUUGAAUUCUCUGUUUAACUUUUUGUUUAAAGCAAAAUGGAUCUUAUUUAACUUGAAAUGCGGAAAGUAAUAUUUUCAAAUGCAUUGUCUGUUUCUGUAUACUGCUUUAAAAAUCUCCUUGAGGACUUUUGGACAACAGACAGGUUGUUUUGGUCACCUUUGCAUCCUCAAAAAGGAACUGUUCUGAUAAUGUGCCUUGCUCAUUAUGUAUUUGCAAUUCCAAGGGAAUUUUUAAGUUAAUGAAAUUAGGUCUGAUUAGAGAAAAUUUCAUUAAUGAUAGGCAUGGUCCUGAUCAAUGUGAGGAACUUUGAUUUAUUUUGAAAUUAAAAUUUAAAUACCUGCCCUGCCCUAUAUUUAGCUGGCAUUUGGGAAAAGAGGGUCAGGAAGUUGGCAAAGGUUACAACCAAGAGAUGGAGUUGGAGGGGGAAAAUUAAUCCUAAGGAAACUUUAGAAGUGGUUGACAAAUGAUGUAGAAGAUGUUUUGUCAUCUAGGGAGAAGGCAGACUGUUUUGGGUCCUGUCAGUUACUUUAGAAUUCAGAAAGGAGCAUUUUAUUUAUUUAUUCAUUUUCUAGGUGAGGCAUACAUACCUAUAUUGCAAAGUUCUGAAACAUCAGGUACAUUUGCAUAGACCAAGGGAAUGGAAACCUAGAUAAUAUUACAAGAGACCUUGCACGGUGAUUUCACCAAAACACUGGGCUGUUACAUAUGCCUUCUUUAGAUGCCCCAUCUGUUUGCAGAGACCCCCUCAGCUACAUUUUGACAACCACUAUUAUGGCAUAUUUUAAACCCUGAUAAAUCGUUUCACCUUACACUUAACCAAGAAUGAGAGAUGUUUUUCACCAGUUUAUGGAGUAAAUCACCAGGCUUGCUGUUCUGCUGUUGGAAUUGAAUGGCAUAAUGCUAAUAUGGGCUGAGCUGUUGGGGGAGAGGAACAGUUAAGGUUUUCUAAGGUAAGGUUUAGCAGACCUUAAUGACAAAUUUUCAAUUGUCAGGAAUUGGUAGUGGUUUCCCUCUUUAUACUGUGGUCUGUAUUUUGACCUAUUAAAUCAGUAGAGCAAUUGUCCCUCAGGGAAAGACAUAAUCUAACUGCAGAACAGAGAUGCUUUUUCUGGAGGGAUUUUUGAGCUAGUCUUAUUUGUCAUUGUGUUCAUGUAGAAAACCGGGCUUUAAAUGUCCCCCAGAUCCACUAUGCUGUUUGCAACAGUUUACCCAUUUUGAGAAAAGUUUGAAGUUGUAGGAGAAUUGUCUGAUCAUCAGAUAUCAGAACUCAACUGAUUAGUUUUAAGUAGAAAAAUAGAUUAAAAAAAAUAUGAUUUCCAAAUAAAGAAAUGCUUUCAAGCUCUGAACCAGAUACCUCCCAUAAUACCACAAAAGAACUGGGCUCAUCCAUUUUACUUCUGAAAAAUUCACAUGAAAUAGACUUGUAGGUGUUUGUAUUUUUGGGGAUUUUGAAAGAUUGAAAGUACAUGCAACUCAAGAGAUUUUGCUGUGGUAUGUGAUACAGUCCUGGUGAACCUGUAUUUGUCUUUGCCUUAUUACUGUGGGCUGCCUGGAUGCCCAUAAAUGCCUUUGGUAGGGAUUUCUGACAUUACUGAGGUUGUCCAUUCUGCUGUUUUUUCCUGCCAUUUCAACUCAUUUCAGAGUUGCCAUAUCUGUGCUGUUCUAAAAAUCAAAUGUUGGCUAAAUCACGCUUCUGAAUGUUUAUACUCCCAAGCGCUUAGUACAGGCACUCAAUAAAUACUAUUGAUUGAUUGAUCUGAUAAUUUUGCGAACCUCAAAGACACUACUGGAUGCUACUUUGUCAUGUAAUUUAUAUUGUUAUAUGUAGUUCUUAAAUGUAAAGAAUACUGAGAGGAAAAUUCCUUUGAAAAUGUUAAAGUCAAUAUGCAGAAAAA